GCUCAAGGAAUUAAUUUGGAGUGGUCUAACUCUCUAACCUAUUAAAAGACAAAAAAGUCGCACUUUUUUUUGCUGCCUUUCUUUGGGAAUCUCCUCAUCAAAACAGCUUUUUAACAAAUUUCCCAGCAAAAUUUCCAUGAAAAAUCGAAAUCCCUUUUCUUUCUUGUUUCGUUUUCCCCUCGGAUUUAUCUAAACAAAUUUCUUUCAACCCUUUUCAUCAUAAUCAAUCUUUCAAUCUAAAAACACCCACACACCCCCGACCCGAUGAUGCUUCCCGCCACAGCUUUUUCAUCGUCUUCAUCUUCAUCUGCUAAUUCAGCUGUUGUUCGAGUGGAUAAGGCCACCAGCGAAUUCUUAAACGGUCCUGAUUGGACUAUCAACAUCGAUAUUUGCGACACCAUCAACGCGAAUCCUUGGCUUGUAAAAGAUGUUGUCAAAGCUUUGAAGAAAAGGUUACAACACAAGAACCCUCAUGUUCAACUACUUUCCUUGACGCUUUUAGAGACCAUGGUAAAGAAUUGUGGUGACAAUGUUCAUUAUCAAAUAGCCGAGCGAAACAUACUCCCGGAGAUGAUCAAAAUUGUCAAGAAAAAGACGGACAUGCGUGUAAGGGAGAAAAUUUUGGUACUUUUAGAUUCAUGGCAAGAAGCAUUUGGUGGACGCGGGGGAAAAUAUCCUCAAUAUUACUUUGCUUAUGAUGAAUUACGGCAAGCAGGAGUACAGUUCCCUCACCGGUCACCUGAUGCAGCUCCAAUAUUUACACCUCCUGUCACCCAUCAUCCAUCUGUGGGACCCACUCAACCAAAUUAUGGAAUGCCAAGUAAUUCUUCAACAAGGCUUGAUGAAGCCAUGGCUUCUGAGAUUGAAAACUUAAGUAUGUCGGUGAUCGAGUCAAUGAGGAAUGUUUCGGAACUUUUAUCCGAGAUGUUGCAAGAAGUUGAUCCAAAUGAUCGUGCAGCAAUAAAAGAUGAGGUCAUCGUUGAUGUUGUUGACCGAUGUCGAUCAAAUCAAAAGAAAUUAAUGCAAAUGUUAGCUUCCACAAGUGAUGAGGAGCUUCUUGGUCAAGGUAUCGAAUUAAAUGACAAUCUACAAACCGUUCUUGCAAAACAUGAUGCUAUUGCAUCCGGUUCUCCAAUUCCUGCUCAACUCACAAAUUCUAUCGCCUCACCAAGUAAUACCAAUAAUACCCUUGAGCCCCAAAUCAAAUCAACUGAAGAAAAAGAAAACUUGAAAUCAACCGUGCCCGUGGCGGCACCUCCACCGGUGCCGCCACCAUCAGGAAAUGAUGGUGAUGACGAGGAAGAUGAAGAUGACUUUGCUUUGUUAGCUAGAAGGCAUUCAAAAGCACAAGUGGGACCCACAUCAGAUCCUUCAUUGAGUAUGGCUUUAACCAUAACCGAUCCACCACCUCCAUUAAACACAACAAAAGCCGAUGACAUGAUCGACUUUUUAAGCCUCACGUUAUCAUCUCCAAAUCCACCCUCACCACCACCCGUCACAACCUCACACGACCAAUCACCGCCAGUUUCCACCACCGCCCAGCAGCAGCAGCAGCACUACCCCCACCAACCGCAGCCAUCCAUGAGCAGUUACGUUGUGCCAUGGGCUCAAUCCGAACCUCAACCUCAACACCAACCUCCACCACAGCCACCACCGGUUCAGCCACAAUAUCAACAGCAAAACCUUUCCCCUGGCGGCUAUAUCCCGCCACCAUGGGCGGCAACACCUGGCUAUUACACAAACCCGUAUCAGCCUUCUCCGGUGACCUACACAUAUCCUACUCCCUCAUAUAAUAACAUCAACAACACGUCUUCACAGCAAGUAAACUUGUAUUCUAACAGGGCGGCAGCAGGCGGUGUAAGUGGAGAUAGUCAGGUGGCGGCUGGUGGUGGUAGUGGUGGAAGUCAAAGACCGUUUAUUCCUUCGUAUAGAUUAUUUGAAGAUCUUAAUGUACUUGGCAAUCCAAACACAACAUCUGGGAGUUCUUCGGGUGAAAGUAUGUUGGGUGCGAGGAAGUGAAAUCUUUAUGAACAGGUUUUGUGUUAUUGUUGAUACAUUGGGGUUUGUGUAUUGGUGAUGGGUGUGUAUUCGUUUAUAUUCGAUUUCUUGGAUUUAGAUGAACAUAAAAAAAAAAAAAAAAAGAACCCGGUUUUGUGUUUGCAUUUCUUGUGGUUUGAGUAUAUGGUUUUGUAUCUAUGGACAAGUUUGAUAGAUUUAAACUUCAUUUUUAGUAUCCA